GCUGGCGGGAAAUGCUGCUGGUGUUCGAGGGAGCGACGCCGGUUGUUGUUGUUGUUGAAGUUGAAGUUGAAGAAGCUGCUCGAACGUUUUGUUAGAUUAAAUAUUCAUAUUCAUGUUAAUGUUAAUGUAAAUAUUGACGGACGUCGCUACCCGACAGGACGAUGGUUCAAAUAGUCGUGAGAGGCAGCGUGGACGGCAGCAGCGCCCCCGAGUGGCUGCUGGUGGAGCUGCAGGGGGAGGUGGUGUCCAGACACAACUCGGGUCUGGCAGGGAACGUGAUGGGAGACCUGCUGUACACCAAAGAGGGGGUGCCGCUGCUGAUCGUAGGACACCACAUUCUGUACGGGAAGCAGGUCAAACUGGAGAAACACUUCGCCGUCCUCACCAAGCGCUACGACCGUCUGCAGGACGGUAACGGCGUCGAUGAUGAUGUCACGCAGGCUCCCAUGGAAACGGAGCAGAGCGACUCCACCUCCAAGUCGUACUACGUGUCGGCCAUCAUCAGGAGGAAGCUGAUCUUCAAGACGCGGCCGAAGCCCAUCAUCACUAACGUCCCCAAAAAGGUGUGAGGGUCAGAGGUCGUGUGUACCUGAACCUUCUGACCUUUUACUGGUGAAACAAAAACUCUGACGUGAUGCCGUUUGAUUAUAUAUCAGUGCUGAUCGAUACUGUCGACCUUUGACCUGAGAGGAGUUUCCCUUGGUUUGUUUUCCUGCUGCUUCUUUCAAAGGAUUUUGCACUGAUAAAAAAAUCACAUUCUAAAUAAAACUGUAAAAAAAUUAUAAAUAAAGACUUUGUCGAUCAGCAGGAAAGAUUCUAUUCAUAUUCAUCAAUAAAUGUUUUGUAUGAAAUGAUCUUUCACAUACAUUA